UUGGAGAAAAGGGCGGCAGGGGUCGAAGCGGCGGCGGAGGUGGCGGCGACGGAGCCCAAAAUGGAGGAGGAGAGCGGCGCGCCUGGCGUGCCAAGCGGCAACGGAGCUCCGGGCCCGAAAGGUGAAGGAGAACGACCUGCUCAGAAUGAGAAGAGGAAGGAGAAAAACAUAAAAAGAGGAGGCAAUCGCUUUGAGCCAUAUGCCAAUCCAACUAAAAGAUACAGAGCCUUCAUUACAAACAUACCUUUUGAUGUGAAAUGGCAGUCACUUAAAGACCUGGUUAAAGAAAAAGGGAUGUGCUGUUGUUGAAUUCAAGAUGGAAGAGAGCAUGAAAAAAGCUGCUGAAGUUCUAAACAAGCAUAGUCUGAGUGGAAGACCACUGAAAGUCAAAGAAGAUCCUGAUGGUGAACAUGCCAGGAGAGCAAUGCAAAAGGCUGGAAGACUUGGAAGCACAGUAUUUGUAGCAAAUCUGGAUUAUAAAGUUGGCUGGAAGAAACUGAAGGAAGUUUUUAGUAUGGCUGGUGUGGUGGUCUGAGCAGACAUUCUUGAGGAUAAAGACGGAAAAAGUCGUGGAAUAGGCACUGUUACUUUUGAACAGUCCAUUGAAGCCGUGCAAGCUAUAUCUAUGUUUAAUGGCCAGCUGCUGUUUGACAGACCAAUGCACGUGAAAAUGGAUGAGAGGGCCUUACCAAAGGGAGAUUUUUUCCCUCCUGAGCGUCCACAACAACUUCCCCAUGGACUUGGUGGUAUUGGCAUGGGGUUAGGACCAGGAGGGCAGCCUAUUGAUGCCAACCAUUUGAAUAAAGGCAUUGGAAUGGGCAACCUGGGACCUGCAGGAAUGGGAAUGGAAGGCAUAGGAUUUGGAAUAAAUAAAAUGGGAGGCAUGGAAGGACCCUUUGGUGGUGGUAUGGAAAACAUGGGUCGAUUUGGAUCUGGGAUGAACAUGGGCAGAAUAAACGGUGGAGGCGGAGGCAGUGUCCCUGGAAUUGAGAGGAUGGGCCCCGGCAUUGACCGCAUCGGGGGGGCCGGCAUGGAACACAUGGGCGCAGGCCUGGGCCACGGCAUGGAUCGUGUGGGCUCCGAGAUUGAGCGCAUGGGCCUGGUCAUGGACCGCAUGGGCUCCGUCGAGCGCAUGGGCUCUGGCAUCGAGCGCAUGGGCCCCCUGGGCCUCGACCACAUGGCCUCCAGCAUCGAGCGCAUGGGCCAGACCAUGGAGCGCAUCGGCUCUGGCGUGGAGCGCAUGGGUGCCGGCAUGGGCUUUGGCCUCGAGCGAAUGGCCACGCCCAUUGACCGUGUGGGCCAGACCAUCGAGCGCAUGGGCUCUGGUGUGGAGCGCAUGGGCCCUGCCAUCGAGCGCAUGGGCCUGGGCAUGGAGCGCAUGGUGCCUGCAGGCAUGGGGGCAGGCCUGGAGCGCAUGGGCCCCGUGAUGGAUCGCAUGGCCACCGGCCUGGAGCGCAUGGGCGCCAACAACCUGGAGCGCAUGGGCCUGGAGCGUAUGGGCGCCAACAGUCUCGAGCGUAUGGGCCUGGAGCGCAUGGGCGCCAACAGCCUAGAGUGCAUGGGUCCUGCCAUGGGCCCGGCCCUGGGCGCUGGCAUUGAGCGCAUGGGCCUGGCCAUGGGUGGCGGUGGCGGUGCCAGCUUUGACCGUGCCAUCGAGAUGGAGCGUGGCAACUUUGGAGGAAGUUUCGCGGGUUCCGUUGGUGGAGCUGGAGGCCAUGCCCCUGGGGUGGCCAGGAAGGCCUGCCAGAUAUUUGUGAGAAAUCUCCCAUUUGAUUUUACAUGGAAGAUGCUAAAAGACAAGUUCAACGAAUGCGGCCAUGUGCUGUAUGCCGACAUCAAGAUGGAGAAUGGGAAGUCCAAGGGGUGUGGUGUGGUUAAGUGUGAGUCGCCAGAGGUGUCUGAGAGAGCCUGCCGGAUGAUGAAUGGGAUGAAGCUGAGUGGCCGAGAGAUUGAUGUUCGAAUCGAUAGAAAUGCUUAAGCAGUUGCCUUUUUUAAACAUUGAUACCAGACCUCUGAAUGUGUAUUUUUUCUUGUUAACCAUUUUAAUUUGUUGGCUGGAUGUAUAAAGAUGUUUAAAAAAUUCAGUUGCUUUUUGGGGUAAUUUGAAUUACUUUUUUAAUGACUGGGGUUCCAUUUGACUGUUUGCAUUGAGAUUGCAAUGUGCGCAAUUUUUUUUGUAGUUGUGGCAUCUUGUUGACAUCGAAUAUGACUUUGAUAAUAAAUACCAGUUCCUGAAAAAAAAAAAAAAAAA